AUCUCCGAUGGCCAAGGAGAUGAGCGGUCAGAAUCUCCCUAUGAAAGUGCUGAUGAAACUCAGACUGAAGUGUCUAUAUCAUCCAAAAAAUCUGAGCGAGGAGCAGGAACAAAAAAAGAAUAUGUGUGUCAGCUGUGUGAAAAAACAGGUGAUCUCCUACUGUGUGAAGGACUUUGCUAUCGAGCUUUUCAUGUAAGCUGCCUUGGGCUCUCUGGAAGACCAGCAGGAAAAUUCAUUUGUAGUGAAUGUACAUCAGGUGUGCAUACUUGCUUUGUGUGUCAAGAGAGAAAGGCAGAUGUGAAACGCUGUGUCGUAUCCCACUGCGGAAAAUUCUACCACGAAGCUUGCGUGAAAAAAUUUCAUCUGACGGUGUUUGAGAACAGGGGGUUUCGAUGUCCUCUCCACAGCUGCCUGAGUUGUCAUGUUAGUAACCCCUCACAUCCACGAAUUUCAAAAGGAAAGAUGAUGCGCUGUGUUCGCUGUCCUGUCGCGUACCAUGCUGGAGACCUUUGCAUUGCUGCGGGAUGUGCAGUCAUCGCUUCCAACAGCAUUGUUUGUACCAACCAUUUCACUGCCAUGAAAGGAAAAACCCAUCACGCGCAUGUCAAUGUGAGCUGGUGCUUUGUGUGUUCUAAAGGAGGAAGCUUGUUGUGCUGCGAGUCAUGUCCUGCAGCCUUUCACCCAGACUGUUUAAACAUUGAAAUGCCAGAUGGGAGCUGGUACUGCAAUGACUGCAGGGCGGGGAAGAAGCUCCAUUUCCAGGAUAUCAUUUGGGUUAAACUGGGAAAUUACAGAUGGUGGCCUGCAGAAGUUUGCCAUCCAAAAAACGUCCCCCCAAAUAUACAGAAAAUGAAGCAUGAAAUCGGAGAAUUUCCUGUGUUUUUCUUUGGUUCUAAGGAUUACUAUUGGACACACCAAGCACGGGUGUUCCCUUAUAUGGAGGGAGACAGAGGGAGCAGAUACCAGGGGAUCAAAGGAAUUGGAAAAGUCUUCAAAAAUGCUUUGCAAGAAGCUGAAGCUCGAUUUCGAGAAAUAAAGCUGCAGCGAGAAGCCAAAGAAACCCAAGAAAGUGAACGUAAACCUCCACCAUACAAGCAUAUUAAGGUGAAUAAACCUUGUGGUAAAGUGCAGAUAUAUACUGCUGACAUUUCUGAGAUUCCCAAGUGCAACUGCAAACCCACAGAUGAAAACCCUUGUGGCUUUGAUUCGGAGUGCCUGAAUCGGAUGCUGAUGUACGAAUGCCAUCCACAAGUUUGUCCAGCGGGAGAACGGUGCCAAAACCAGUGCUUUACAAAACGUCAGUACCCUGAGACAAAGAUCAUCAAAACCGAUGGGAAGGGGUGGGGUCUGGUCGCCAAGAGGGACAUCAAAAAGGGAGAGUUUGUCAAUGAGUACGUCGGUGAACUGAUUGAUGAAGAGGAGUGUAUGGCAAGAAUCAAAUACGCACAUGAAAACGACAUUACCCACUUCUAUAUGCUCACUAUUGAUAAGGACCGUAUUAUUGAUGCUGGCCCCAAAGGAAACUAUUCCCGGUUUAUGAAUCACAGCUGCCAACCAAAUUGUGAAACUCUAAAAUGGACAGUAAAUGGAGACACUCGUGUCGGGCUCUUUGCUGUCUGCGAUAUUCCUGCAGGGACAGAGCUGACUUUUAAUUACAACCUUGACUGUCUGGGCAAUGAAAAAACAGUCUGCAAAUGUGGUGCCCCAAACUGCAGUGGAUUUCUUGGGGACAGACCAAAGAAUUCUUCCACUAAUGCCUCAGAAGAAAAAGGCAAAAAGACCAAAAAGAGAACACGGAGACGCAGAACGAAAAAUGAAGGGAAGAAAGAAUCUGAAGAUGAUUGUUUCCGUUGUGGUGAUGGAGGCCAGCUGGUGUUGUGCGACAGGAAAUCCUGUACUAAAGCAUACCACCUCUCCUGUCUUGGUUUGGUGAAACGUCCUUUUGGGAAGUGGGAGUGUCCUUGGCACCACUGUGAUGUCUGUGGCAAACCUUCUGUUUCUUUCUGCCACUUCUGCCCAAAUUCUUUCUGCAAGGAACACCAAGACGGGACAGUACUAAACUCUACGUUGAAUGGACACUUAUGCUGCUCUGAACACGUUCCCGGGGUGGAUUCUGUUGAAACUCCCAAGACGGAGAAACCCCGCAAAAAACUGAACAAGUUGAAGCCCAGGAGGAAGCAGAGGAACAGAUGGAUGAGAGCCGAAUGCAAAUAGCCGUGGACUGCAGUUGCUACUGCCAACACUAUCUUGUAGAUAAGUUGUGAAUACGACCAGGGAAGGACACAAUUUUACAUAUAUUCUGUAAAGGUUACGUCGGGGGGGAGG